AAUGGCCCCUCCUUUCAAAACAGAAGCACACGAGGACUCAAAGCCUUUUGACAAUUGUUUCGAGUUAAAGCUUGAAGCUCUGACCAAAUUCUUUAUCCAGGCCAAAUCGGCUCGUGUGGAUCCAAUGAGGUGACGCCGCGUUCCGGGCCCCGACUGCUGAGAGCGAGCCGGUGACAAGGGGGGAACUGAGAACCACCGCGGCGUGACGACAAAGAGAGGCUGCGAGUCGAGAGGCCAAAAAACACCCCGGAACACGAACCCGAGAGUCGGCUCAGUCUGCUGGAAGCCCCGCCGCCCCGAGGAGAGCUCAUCAUGGCGGGAAGGAGGACGCUGGCUCCGGUCGCUCUCUUCUGCCUCGCUCUGGCAAUGUUGCCUUCCCACACAGUGACUGUAGCCGUCAUGUCAGUCGACCUUGGCAGCGAGUGGAUGAAAAUGGCGAUAGUGAAACCCGGGGUGCCGAUGGAGAUAGUUCUCAAUAAGGAGUCGCGGAGGAAAACACCCAUCGCUGUGUGCCUCAAAGAAACUGAGAGACUUUUCGGAGACAAUGCACUAGCAAUGUCUGUGAAGAAUCCAAAAACCGUUUAUAGGCACCUCCAGAGCCUACUGGGCAAGAAGCACGAGAACCUGCAGGUGGCGCUCUACCGCAAACGUUUCCCUGAGCACCAGCUGCAGGAGGACCCAGAGAGGGGCACCGUUUACUUCAGAAACUCAGAAGAGAUGCAGUACUCACCUGAGGAGCUCCUCGGGAUGGUGCUCAACUAUUCUCGUGGACUGUCUCAGGACUUUGCAGAACAACCAAUCAAAGAUGCAGUGAUUACCGUCCCAGCCUUUUUCAACCAGGCAGAGCGCAGGGCAGUCCUGCAGGCCGCACAGAUGGGAGGUGUAAAGGUCCUUCAGCUCAUCAAUGACAACACAGCUGUUGCCUUGAACUACGGGGUCUUCAGGAGGAAGGAUAUCGACAGCACGGCGAAGAAUGUGAUGUUUUACGACAUGGGGUCGGGCAGCACCACUGCCACCAUCGUCACCUAUCAGACGGUCAAAACCAAGGAGUCCGGCACCCAGCCCCAGUUACAGAUCCGAGGUGUCGGUUUUGACCGUGAGCUCGGGGGCUUCGAGAUGGACCUGCGACUCCGGGACCACCUGGCCCAACUGUUCAAUGCUCAGAAGAAGAGCGAGAAAGACGUGCGGGAGAACCACCGGGCCAUGGCCAAACUCCUCAAAGAGGCCCAGAGGCUCAAGACGGUGCUCAGUGCAAACAUGGAAUUCAUGGCCCAGGUGGAAGGUUUGAUGGACGACAUUGACUUCAAAGCGAAGGUGUCCAGGUCUGACUUUGAAGAUCUGUGUGGAGAUCUGUUUGAACGCGUGCCUGGCCCGGUGCAGGACGCCCUCGCCACCGCAGAAAUGAAGCUGGAUGAAAUUGAGCAGGUGAUUUUAGUCGGUGGCGCCACCCGUGUCCCCAAGGUCCAGGAAGUGCUGCUGAAAGCUGUGGAGAAAGAGGAGCUAGGGAAAAAUAUCAAUGCAGACGAGGCAGCCGCCAUGGGCGCCGUGUACCAGGCUGCUGCCCUCAGCAAGGCCUUCAAGGUCAAACCGUUCCUGGUCCGAGACGCAGCCGUCUUCCCCAUUCAGGUGGAGUUCACCCGUGACGCUGAGGAGGAUGGUCUGAAAAGCCUGAAACGCAACAGACGUAUCCUCUUCCAGAGGAUGGCGCCCUACCCGCAGCGCAAGGUCAUCACAUUCAACCGCUACAACGAUGACUUUUCCUUCGACAUCAACUACGGCGACCUCAGUUUCCUGAGUCAGCACGACCUGAGCGUUUUCGGCUCCCUGAACCUGACCACAGUCAAACUGUCGGGAGUGGGCAGCAGCUUCCAUAAGCACGAAGACGCCGAGUCCAAAGGCAUCAAAGCCCAUUUCAACAUGGAUGAGAGUGGAGUUCUGCUGCUGGAUCGGGUGGAGUCUGUCUUUGAAGCGAUUGUGGAGGAGAAAGAAGAAGAAUCCACUUUGACCAAACUGGGUAACACGAUUUCCACUUUGUUUGGAGGAGGAUCCUCAGAACCGGCCCCAAAUGUAACUGAGCCUGUCCAGGAUGAGGAGGAAGUUCCUCCAGAGUCGGGGAAGGACGACAAGGACGAGGUCCAGAAGGAAGAGGCUGCCGAGGAGAAGCCGGAUGAUUCAGAGAAAAGUGAAAAGACCGAAGAGAAAGGCCAGGAGCAGACAGAGGAGGCAGGCAGCAAGACUGACACCAAAGAGGAAAAGGAUGAAGAGAAAUCUGAAAACGCUGAGGCAGAGAAGGACGUGGAGGAGAAGAAGGCGAAACCUCAGAAAAAGGCCAAGAUCUCUGAAGAGAUCACAGUGGAACUGAUCAUCAACGACGUCUCCGAUCUCACUGCAGAUGAAGUCACUUCCUCCAAAAAGAAGCUGCAAGAUUUGACCAACAGGGACCUGGCGAAACACGAACGAGAGAAGAUGCUCAACAAUCUGGAAGCGUUUAUCUUCGAGACACAGGACAAGCUGUACCAGGACGACUACCAGCUGGUGUUGUCAGAGGAGGAGAAGGAGCAGAUCUCUGCUAAGCUGAGCGAGGCGUCGGAGUGGAUGGACGAGGACGGUUACUCGGCCACCACCAAGCAGCUCCGAGAGAAGCUGUCUCAGCUGAAGAGCCUGUGCAAGGACAUGUUUUUCCGGGUGGAGGAGCGACGCAAGUGGCCGGACCGCCUGGCCGCUCUGAACAGCAUGCUCAACACCUCCAGCUUCUUCCUGAGGAGCGCCAGGCUGAUUCCAGAGGACGACCAGAUCUUCACCGAAGUCGAGCUGAAUCUGUUAGAAAAAGUCAUCAAUGAAACAACGACAUGGAAGAACGAGACGGUGGCAGAGCAGGAGAAGCGCUCUCCAAAAGAGCGUCCGGUACUGUUGUCCAAAGACCUGGAGUCCAAGCUGGCGCUGUUGGAUCGGGAGGUCAACUACCUGCUCAACAAGGCCAAGUUCGCCAAACCCAAGUCUAAGGCCAAAGCUAAGAACAGCACCAGCUCCGAGAAAAGCAGCAAGGCCAACAACACCGCGGAGGAGAAAGUCAUCCCUCCCACACAGGAGAGCACGGACACAAAGACCGAAAGCCCGGAGGAGGCGCAGCCGGGCGAGGCUCCACCCACAGAGGAGAGCACUGUACACACAGACUCAGACAGCCAAUCACAGCCCACAGAAGACACAACAACAACAGCCACAGGAACAAAGGAGAAGGUCCAACCUGAAAACCAUAUAGAUGAUGAAUUAUAACAGCUGGAACUGCGGGAGAAAAAUCACUAUAUUUAUUGACAGUGUUUAAAUGUUCAAGUUCCUUCGUGCUCUGUUUUUUUUUCCUUGUUUUUUUUUAUCCAUUUUUUUUUCUUUUGUUUUUGUGGCCCGUUUGUUGAGCUGCUGGGAGCCCCCCCCCCCGUCUCCCCUUUGCCUUUCAUCUCUUAUCUCCGUCUUUCAUGGACUCUUCUACCACCAUGAAGAACCAGUCUUAUAAUAAUAAAGACCAAGACUGUGCGUGCUGUGAUGGAUGCACAGUUCAGACAAAACCCCCUCAAACCAACGCUCUCAUGGAUCUGAUUGAGACGGAGAUGUCAGCUGAGCAAAAAUAACCAUCGGCAUUUGGCGGGGAUGAGUUCUUUAACCCUCGACGUCCAGGAAUUGUUCUUUUCCUACUCUGUACUGUAUCCUCCAACCUGGUCCCCCCCCCCCCACAUAACUCCCUUUGUUGACCAUCAUGGCAACUAACCAGAUGCACUAGUCCUCUGGAAGAAACUUCAUGUAUAGAUUGAUUAUUAUGUUCCUCCUCCAACAGCAAAAAUGUAUUUUGGAAAUUCAGAAACAUUUGUAGAAAACUGACAAAAAGUGGAAAAACUUGUCAAACUGUUGUAAAUCGAGUCUUAAAUCUGUUGAUGGUACAAUAUGGGAAGUCGUUCUAUAAUUACUCACUGGGCUUUUAGGAGAAUCAAAAAGUGUUGAGUCAGAAUUCUUCUACAAUAAGUGCUGGUGUAAAUGUGCUUCAGAUGUAAACGUCUGGAAGGUGGAACCAGGUUUAGAACAGAACUACUAGAAAGUCACUUGCAUUUAAUUUACAGAUGUUGAUUUGGGGAAUUUCCAAUAUUACACAUCCCCCGAGAUUAAUGUUUUGCCAAAUAUGGAUGAUAUAAGAUUGAAACAUAUCUUCUCAGCAUCAUGCUUCUGAUCCGGCCGAACCAACAGGACUCAAGAAUCGUUUAUUUUCUGCUGAUGCCAGUACAACCUCUGAAAAGGGCUCGAAUGUGUCUCUGUGACGGCGUUUUUCACGAGCCCCUUGGUGUGUCGGUGCCGUCACUGCUCUUUACCUCGACGUGCCCUGUGCUGCAGGUCCACUUCUCCCUCCACGUGUGGGUCAGUCGUCUCCUCCUGUGUUUGUGGCUCUCUGGAUUAUUUGGAGGAGAAAGUGGGAAAAAAAACUAGAAAACAAGAAAACCCGAUGAAGUGGAGGGCGCCAACAUUGUUGUGCUUCUAAACUGUUAAUAAAAAUAAAAUCCUUUUGUUUUCUUG